AUGGAUCCUGACGAUGCAAUGAGCGAUGACGGUAUUGAUCUCACAGAAGGAGCCUUUAUUACCUCUCAGUACCGCAUAACUAAGCAACUUGGAGAAGGGAUGUUUGGAAGAGUUCUUGAAUGCCAUGAUUCUACGGAGCCAGAGGUUAACAAAGCUCUGAAAGUAAUCAGGAUGACCGAUGCUUUCAAACUACCUACUGAGAACGAGAUAGUCUGUAUGGAAAAGAUAAAAGAAGCUGAAGAUCAUGUGCGAGAGUGUUUCACUGAACUCAUUACUAACUUCAUGUUCAUGGAUUACAAGUGCAUGGUUAUGCCAGUUUAUGGACGGAACUUGUAUACGUUUCUGUCUGAAAAUGGUUUUCGAGGAAUGAACGUAUUUCACACCACGAAGAUGUGUCAUCAGCUUCUGCUAGCUGCCGACUUUUUGCACAAAAAUGGUCUGGUGCACACUGAUAUUAAGCCAGAGAAUAUACUCAUCAAGACGGAUAAGUGGCGGGAAUUUUCUGAUAGGAAUGGAAAGUAUCAAUUACUCUCAGAUCCAUCGAUAGUUCUAUCAGAUUUCAACACUGUGAGAAACAUUGAAUUCAACAAUGAAAUAAUUCAAACUAUAAAUUACCGAGCCCCUGAAGUAAUACUUGAACUUCCUUGGAACGAAAAAGUCGAUGUUUGGUCUAUCGGAUGUGUAUUUGUCGAUAUUUUCCUUGGGAUCACAUUGUUCAGUGCCCCUUCAGACGGCAACACUCUUCAAGAUAAAGCAGUCCAACUAAACAACAUAUGUACUUAUUGUGGUCCUGUACCGUACCAUAUGAUUAAAGAAACGAAUUUCAGCAUAGAAUUCAGUCAAUACUACUUAUGUUUAUUUCCAACCGAUGAUCUUGGCUGUCUCGGCAAUCCUGAAAUGAAAAUCAAGGAGUUCCAACCUCUAAUAAAAUUAAUAAAACGCCUAUUAACAAUUGAUCCCGAUUUCCGCAUAACGUGUGAAGAAGCCCUGCGAUCUCCAUUCUUCACAAACAUAAAUAAAAGCCUUCGAUUAAGUGGUAAGCUGUCUCCCAAGGAAGAAGAAAAGGAAAAUUCCGUGCAAAAAGGAGAACUUGAAAUGGAAUUUUCUGAUCUUAUACGAGAAAGUUGUGAUGAUCAAGAAGAUGGUCUUCUCCAGAUAGAUAGUAGCUCUCAAGCAUCCUUAGAAUUGUAA